AUGCCACCCUAUUGCUUUUCAGCCUCACCAACAACUAUGGAAUAUGAAUCCAAGCCAGACAUGUCACAUCUGUGCAGUCAGCCUCAGCAGGAGCAGCUUCAGCCUAGAUCAGUUAGCUUUGAUGAAGACGAACAACAACCUGCACCAGUCGCACCAAAGAAAUCCGUUUCGUUCUCUCCCACAUCCGAGUUGUACCUGAUCCCACACCACAAUGAGAUGUCUGAGGAAGAGCGUCGCGCCACUUACAUGACAAGUCAAGACUAUAAUCGCAUGGACAGAGAAAACGUCGCCACUGUCAGACAGAUGCAACAACAAAGUUUUCCCGCGAAUGACGAUUUGUACUUUCGUGGACUGGAAAACGCAUUGCCACAACCUAUGAAAGAACGCAAACAAAGAAUAAAGUUUGUUGUCUUUCACGUCCUUCAAGAACAGCACCAAAGUCACACCCUAAAUGACGAAUGGAUUGAAUCUCUGCGUUAUCAUUUUACAUCCAAGUCUGCUGAUUUCGCCAACAAGAUGGGAAUCUGGGACUACGAAGCCAUGAGAGAAGACUUGGUCAAUGAUGCAAAGUUCAUGAGCCCUAUCUACGGUCCUCCAAUCACCACGUUGUCAAGAUAA